CAUAAUUGUUUUGGACCUAAAAUAAUGAAAUACAGAAAUUUAUUUUGCUGGUCCUUGCAUUGCAUUGCAUUCGGUUUCUUCUUUUCAUUGAGCAGCAAAGCAGAUAGAUAUGACCUCGCCGACGCAUUAUCGAAAUUCAUAACUAUUAAUUCCUUUUUCUGAUAAUAAUCAAUCAAUUAGGUAUUCGUAUCAAAACAUAUUCAAAUCCCGUAAUUCACAUAAACACAAAAAUAACAACUUGUAGUAUCAGAAACAAGAAGUUGGAGUCGCACCACUUAACUCAACUGCCCGGAAAACGGAGCCGGAGUUGCUCGUCGGCUGCCAGAAACGGUCAUGGCUGCUAAGAAGACAAUUGCAAUUUGUCAGUCAGGUGGCAAAUUUGAAACUGAAAAAGAUGGUACUUUGUCAUAUAAAGGCGGUGAUGCUCAUGCUAUGGACAUUGAUGAUCAAAUGAAUUUUAUAGAUUUCAAGGCAGAAAUAGCUGAAAUGUUUAGUUUUAAUCUUAGGAGCAUGUCUAUUAAGUAUUUUCUUCCUGGAAACAAGACCACUCUCAUUUCAAUUUCCAAUGACAAGGAUCUACAACGAAUGGUUAAGUUUCAUCGCGAUUCGAUUACUGUUGAAAUUUAUAUCCUUAUUGAAGAUGCCGUUGCUCUUGAGGUUUCAACCAUGCCUGCCAGUAGGUCAAGUAGAACAACUUUGUCUGACACAGUGUUGCCAAUCAAUACCAUUUUGAAUUCUGAUGUCGUGGAUGCUCCCCCUGAUGCUCCUCAUGAUACAAUUCAAAUGGAUGUGGAUAUGGACAUCCCUCUUUUGAGCCUUUCCUCAAAUGAGGAGAAGCUUGCUAAAGGGGCACUACAAUGGCAGAAUACUAUCACUGGUGUCGGUCAAAGGUUCAACAGUGUACAUGAAUUUCGAGAGUCGCUGCGGAAAUAUGCCAUUGCUCAUCAAUUUGCGUUUAAAUAUAAAAAGAAUGAUAGUCAUCGUGUGACUGUUAAAUGCAAAGCAGAAGGUUGCCCUUGGAGAAUUCAUGCAUCAAGGCUGUCGAGUACUCAGUUGAUAUGCAUAAAAAAAAUGAAUUCGGAACAUACUUGUGAAGGGGCUGUUGGAACGACAGGGCAUCAAGCAACUAGGAAUUGGGUGGCUAGUAUUAUCAAGGAAAAGUUGAAAGCUUUUCCUGACUACAAGCCCAAGGACAUUGUCAAUGAUAUCAAGCAGGAAUAUGGAAUUCAACUUAACUACUUUCAGGCAUGGCGUGGGAAAGAGAUUGCAAAGGAGCAGCUUCAGGGUUCUUAUAAAGAGGCAUAUAGUCAGUUACCUUUCUUCUGUGAAAAAUUAAUGGAGGCUAAUCCUGGAAGUCUAGCUAUGUACACUACUAAGGAAGACUCAAGCUUCGAUCGUCUCUUUGUUUCAUUUCAUGCUUCGUUGUAUGGCUUUCAACAAGGUUGCCGACCAUUGAUUUUCCUUGAUAGCAUUCCACUGAAGUCAAAAUAUCAAGGGGCAUUGUUAGCAGCAACAGCUGCUGAUGCAGAUGAUGGUGUAUUUCCUGUUGCCUUCGCCGUUGUUGACGCUGAAUCUGAUGAUAGUUGGCAUUGGUUCCUUCUUCAACUCAAAUCAGAGCUGUCAACAUCUGUUCCCAUAACAUUUGUAGCGGACAGAGAGAAUGGGCUGAAAAAUUCAAUUGCUGAGAUAUUUGAAGGUUCAUUCCAUGCGUACUGCCUGCGAUACUUAACUGAGCAACUUUUUCGAGACUUGAAAGAGCAGUAUUCUCACGAGGUAAAGCGACUCAUGAGUGAGGAUUUAUAUGCUGCUGCUUAUUCACCCAAACUAGAAGGCUUUCAGAACUGCAUGGAGAGCAUUAAAAGGAUUUCUAUAGAAGCUUACGAUUGGAUUAUGCAAAGUGAUCCCCAGAACUGGGCGAAUUCAUUUUUUCAGGGUACUAGGUAUAACCACAUGACUUCAAACUUUGGGGAGCUGUUCUACUGUUGGGCAUCAGAUGCAGAUGAUUUACCGAUAACACAGAUGGUUGAUGUUAUUAGGAGUAAGAUUACGGAGCUGAUUAGUACCAGAAAGGCAGAAUCUGAUCAAUGGUCGACUAGGCUGAGCCCAUCCAUGGAGGAGAAGCUUAAAAGGGAAAGUCAAAAAAGUCCUUCACUUCAAGUUAUAUUAUCGGGCGAUAGUACAUACGAAGUUUGUGGUGACUCGGCCGAGGUUGUCAAUAUCGACAGGUGGGAAUGUAGUUGCAAAACCUGGCAGCUGAGUGGGGUGCCAUGCUGCCAUGCCAUUGCUGUCAUCGUGGCGAUAGGGCAGUCUGUUUAUGAUUUUUGCUCUAGAUACUGUACAACUGAGAGCUACAGAUUGACUUAUUCGGAGUGUAUAAAUCCGAUUGUGAAUAUGGAUGUGCCUGCUGCAAUAGAGCCCUUGGUAACAGUAACACCUCCUCCCACACGACGACCACCGGGUCGACCAGCAACAAAGCGAUAUGGUUCUCAAGACAUAGUCAAGCGUGAUCUACAUUGCAGCCGAUGCAAGGGACUAGGGCACAACAAGUCUACUUGCAAAGAGGAAGUACUGUGUCUCAACAAUACUGGAAAGGAGGAAUUUUAGAGCUGGACACCAGUUUGAACCAAGGAUUGGUGGCACAGGGAACUGUAUAUUGCAUCUGACAGUUCUUUUGAAGGGACUGGCAAAAAGAAAUAGACUAGAAUAACCGUUUUACUUUUAGUUGUGAAAUAGCCAAUAAGUUAAAGCAUAAUAGUACUUAGGUGUUUGUUAUUCUUUUUGCAGUUGUAUUGCUAGUUGCUAGUCUAAGUUCGAUGGGGUAAAAUAUUACUUUAUUAGUUCUUGUGCUUUGAAACUAUUUUGACCCAACUUUCUUUUUUUUAAUCGAACUAGUUCAGAUUUGACUAUUUGAGUGGAAAAAAAAAUUGGAAGAUUCUUCUCUCACUCACAUGUUUUUAAAAAGUAGUAGAGGUGAGAGGAUAAAUUCUUAAUAAAAUAAGAGCGACUUAUGUAUUUGUUAACCAUUGUAAGUAUUAAUGGAUUUAAAUGAGAGUGGUGAAGUCU